UGCAAACUUGACAUAUCAACCCCAUUUCCCGACCUAUCUUUGAAUAACCUGGGGGCUUUAUAAAGGUGAAGAAAGUAAGUGACCGAAACACUAGAGUUUACUUUUUGUGUAGCUAUCGGUGUUCAUGUCACAUCAACAUGAAAGAAGCGGAACCUGGAAGUCCCAGCAUUGGCGGGGCAGCCAGCGUUACAACGACGAACACGUCAGCUGCUCUCAACGUCGAAGAACACGCAUCUACUCCGCCUGCAUCAGAUCGCCACAGGACUGGCUUUCCAAAGCAAGGCGGGCAAUCGAUGUCAUAUUGGCUGCAACAAGUGCGAUGCGAUCCUUUACUAGACCACCGCACCUCGGAAACAUUACCAAAGGAAGCAGACACCGUAAUCAUAGGCUCGGGCAUCAGCGGGACUUUGGUAACAAAACACCAUUUGGAGACCUGGCCAAGCAAGAGCGUGGUAAUCGUCGAAGCACGGGAAUUUUGCUCAGGAGCCACGGGACGAAAUGCUGGUCACUGUAAGCCAGACCAAUGGCGACACUACGGGAAAUUCGAGAAGGCAUAUGGAAAGGCGCAAGCUAUCAAGAUCAUGAACAAUGAAUCAGCAACUUGGAAAGCGCUCGUUGCGUAUGUCCAAGAGAACAACGUUGACUGCGAUCUUUGGGUCGGUGAGACGCUUGACGUCCCACUCGACGAGGAUGUGGCGAAGGCGGCUAGGGACGUAUUUGAGAGGUAUGCAAAUGCUGGUGGGAAGGUUGAUCACAUAAAAGUCACGCAUGAUCCCGCCAAAGCAGCUAAGAUAUCAAAGAUCAAAGGCGCGACGGCGUGUUACGCGUGGCAAGCGUCGACGCUGCAGCCGUGGAAACUAACGGCGCACAUCAUGCGAGAGAACCUGAAGAAGGGCGCUAAUCUGCAGACCUAUACGGUUGCAAACUCCAUCACAAGUGACGGAAGUGGGCGAAGGAAGUGGACUGUUCGUACCGACCGCGGUGCCAUCGCAUGCGACACGGUUGUGCACGCCACAAAUGCAUACAGUGCCGCUCUCGAACCCUCGCUGCGCGGCCUCAUCACACCAAAGCCGCACAUGUGUAACAGAGUCGUUCCACCACGUGCUCUCAGCGGCUCAAAAGCCCUUUGCAACUCGUACGGAGUUCUCCUCGCAGACGGCGCUCUGUUCAGCAUCAACCCCCGCUGCACGGCCGACGGCAAUAUCCUGUUUGGCGGCUCGAACCCAGGACAACGAGCAUUGGACGAAUGGGUUGAACAAAACCCAGGAAACUGCAUCAACGAUGGCCUUGCGGAUCUGGAGAGCGUUACUAAGUGUGUCAAAGACUUCGUCAAUGAAGAGUUUGACGGCUGGAGAGAAGCGGAAUUCGGGCCUGGAGAAGGCUUUGCGUAUAGCUGGAGUGGUAUUAUAGGGUUGAGUGUCGACGGCGUGCCUUUUGUUGGCGCACUACCUGGAAAAGAGGGACAAUGGAUCUGUGCCGGGCAUCAUGGACAUGGUAUGGCGCGCAUCUUCACAGCAGCGCCUGGACUUGUGAAGCUCAUGAACGGCAAGGAAUGGGGAGAAACGGGGUUGCCGGACGUGUACCAGAUGACACCGCAACGACUCGAGAAGCUGAAAAAGGUAGACGUCGACACACCGAAAGUCGCCAUUAUCUGAGCGACAAGUGUGGAGAUGGCAGAAAGCGAACAUGGGUGGUGUGGCGCCAAAUGAGCAGGGUCAUGACUCGCGCACGGUAUUCAUGGUUUUCCCACACAAACCACUCUCCUUUAUUGCAUGCGCAUGUAGUCUUUCAACACUCUGCUUAAAGCACCUUGAUCAACGUCUAUCAUCAUGCGGCCAUAG